UGCAAAAAGAUAAAAUGCUGCGUCAAAGUUUCGUUGAGGAGACACUCUUGAUUGAUCAGACCUCAGCAGACAGACAUCACUGCAGCGCAGUGACGGGUUGUCCUGUUCACACACAGUUACACACAAUCACACUUGAAGCUGCCCAGUACAACCACAGCCUGACCAUCACUCAGAAGGCCACCUGCAGCUAUGGAUGUGAUAGAUUUCUUACCGUUAGAUCCUAUCCUUUCUUCAGUACGAGCCAUCUACAAGCAGUGCCAGAAUGUGAAGAGAAAUGAGAAGCAAUGCAAACGGAUUGCUUUGAUAGUCCAAAAACUGGAGGAGAUGUUGAAGUCUAUCAAAGAAAAGGAUUCAAACCAAAUAUCUGAGAAUUUGAACUCCGCUCUGUUGGAAGUCAAGCCUGUUCUGGAUUCAGCUGUUGAACUAAUAAAGAAAUGCACCGACGCCAACGUGAUGACGGCCAUGACCAAGGCCCAAAACUAUCAAGAAGAAUUCAACAAGUUGAACGAAAGGUUCAGUGAUGUCAUACUGACUGUCUUUAAUGCUAUGCAUGAACAGCUGGAGAAGGAGAAAAAGAAGCUGGCUCGGAAGGAAUCCAAAAUGGCUAAGAAGAAAACCAAAAUAGCUCAGAAGACAGCCAACAUGGCUCAGAUGGAAGCCGAAAUGGACCAGAAGAAAGCUGAAAUGGCUCAGAAGGAAGCCGAAAUGGCUCCAAAGGAAGAAGAAAUGGCUCAGAUGGAAGCCAAAAUGGCUCAGAAGGAAGUCAAAAUGUCUGAGAAGGAAGACGAAUUCUCUCAGAAGGAAGCCAAAAUGUCUCAGAAGGAAGCCAAAAUGUCUGAGAAGGAAGCUGAAAUGUCUGAGAAGGAAGCCGAAAUGUCUCAGAAGGAAGCGAAAAUGUCUGAGAAGGAAGACAAAAUGUCUGAGAAGGAAGCUGAAAUGUCUGAGAAGGAAGCCGAAAUGUCUCAGAUGGAAGCCGAAUUGGCUCAGAAGGAAGCCAAAAUGUCUCAGAAGGAGGCGGAAAUGUUUAAGAAGGAAGCCAAAAUGUCUGAGAAGGAAGCAGAAAUAUCUAAGAAGGAAGCCGAAAUGUCUGAGAAGGAAGACAAAAUGUCUGAGAAGGAAGCAGAAAUAUCUAAGAAGGAAGCCGAAAUGACUGAGAAAGAAGCUGAAAUGUCUCAGAUGGAGGCCAAAUUGGCUCAGAUGGAAGCCGAAAUGGCUCAGAUGGAUCGCACCCUAGCUCUGCAGCAGGAAAGAAUUCACAGUUUAAAGGCUAAAACUAUGUUUAUUCUGCUGUGCUGCUGUGCGGUCACUGUAACUGUAUACAUAAAGAAGUAA